GUUAAGAUGGCGGCGGAAGCGUCGACGCAGGUAGGAAGCUGAGCCCGGACAAAGUUCACGCAUGUCUCCGUCUCUGAGGCUCCUGGGGCGCGAAAGGGGGGGCGCGCCGGCCCCCGCCCUGCUGCCGUGAGGACGGAGCCGGGCGGCUGUGGGGAGACGACCGAGAGCGGGAGGGGGGUGGGGGCUUCAUCGCGGGGAAACUGUCGGUGAGUCGCGGAUAAAGCGAGCAAGUGCACCCGGGGACGGAGCGCUCCUCGCGCGGCGCGCGGGGGUCUGUGUGCCGGAGCCGCGCUGAGGGGAGGGGAGGGGGGGGGGGGGGGCAUCACCAUGGAGACCGCGGGCCGGAGGCUGCCUCCCACCCACCUGUAGAGCCUCACUGGAGGACAUGGCGAACACGACGACCCCUGGAGCCCCGGACCGGAGGGAGCACACCGGUUACUCUGGAGGAGUGAUACAGGAGAACGGUUCUGCAAUGAAGGAAGCAACGGUUUCUCCCUUCCAUGAUCGCCCUCACAACCACUGCCACGAUCCCGGCUUCGCCCCACUGGACGAGCCCCCCGUCCUGCCCACCUUCAGUCCACCCUGCUCGUCAACCCCCAUCUGCUUCAGCAGCCCCCACAAGGCCUAUCCGGACGUGGACCCGGACUGCCACAGCCUGACCUCCCAGGACUCUGGUAUCCCCACGCUGGAGAUCAACCCCCCGGAGCCCACCCUGCAGGGCCACCGGGCCCUGGCCCUCGACUCCAGUCGGGACGCCCCCGCCACUCUACCCCUGGACGAUGACCCCUCGGACGCCAGCGCCGUGCGCAAGUCGUCCACCUUCCCCCGCAGCGGCUACGACUCCGGCCGCCUGUUCAGUCCCGGCCUCAGGCUGUCGGCCACCGCGGGGGGGAUGGGCGUCGGGGGCGGGGCCCUGAACCGCAGCGACGACAUCUCGGUGUGCAGCGUGUCCAGCAUGAGCACGGAGCUGUCGGUGUCCAACGAGGACAUCCUGGACUUCACCGUCACGUCCGACUCCAGCGCCAUCGUCAACCUGGAGACGGACGAGAGCGGCACCAUCCACUUCUCGGACGUGACGCUGUCGUCGACGCCGGGCUCGCCGUGGAGUCCCGCCCGGACGCGUCCGGGGCCCGGCGCCGAAGACGCGAGGCAGAAGAAACUGGGACCUCUGACCAGUUUAUUCAACAGGAGUCUCUUCGCCAGGAGGGUGAAGGACAACCGGCCGGCGGAGCAGAGGGAUCCCGGCUGGAAGCUGUUUGGGAAAGUCCCGCCCCGGGAAGGCCCCAUCAAGGACCCCAAGAAAAUCCAGAAGGAAUAUGAAACUAAGAGUGGCAGAGCUGGACCCGGCAACCCGACGUCUCCCCGGCAGAGCGUGAGGAAGAACCUGGACUUCGAGCCGCUGUCCACCACCGCGCUGAUUCUGGAGGACAGACCGGCUAAUCUACCCGCCAAACCAGCCGAGGAGGCCCAGAAGCACAGACAGCAGUAUGAAGAGAUGGUGGCCCAGGCAAAGAAGAGAGAGCUGAAGGAGGCUCAGAAGCGGAGGAAGCAGCUGGAGGACCGCUGCAGGCUGGAGGAGAGCAUCGGCUCGGCCGCCCAGACCUGGAUCCAGGACAUCCUGCCCAACUGGAGCGCCAUGUGCACCUCCCGGAGGGUCAGGGACCUGUGGUGGCAGGGCAUCCCGCCCAGCGUCCGGGGCCGAGUGUGGAGCCUGGCGGUGGGCAACGAGCUCAACAUCACACACGAGCUCUACAACAUCUGUCUGUCCCGGGCCAAAGAGAAGUGGAAGACCACCGCCGCUCCCUCAGCGGAGACUGAACCUGAAGAUUCCGGCUCUUUGGACCGGGAGUCCAGCCUGGAGCUGAUCAAGCUGGACAUCUCCAGGACUUUCCCCCAGCUCUGCAUCUUCCAGCAGGGGGGGCCCUACCACGACGUGCUGCACAGCAUUCUGGGAGCGUACACUUGUUACCGGCCAGACGUGGGUUAUGUGCAGGGCAUGUCCUUCAUCGCCGCCGUGCUCAUCCUCAACCUGGACACGGCCGACGCCUUCAUAGCUUUCGCCAACCUGCUGAACAAGCCCUGCCAGAUGGCGUUCUUCAGGGUGGACCACAGCCUUAUGUUGACCUACUUCGCGGCAUUUGAAGUGUUCUUUGAAGAAAACCUACCAAAGCUCUUUGCACAUUUCAAGAGGAACAACUUGACCCCCGAUAUUUAUUUAAUCGACUGGAUCUUCACGCUGUACAGCAAGUCGCUGCCGCUGGACCUGGCGUGCCGCGUGUGGGACGUGUUCUGCCGGGACGGCGAGGAGUUCCUGUUCCGCACGGCGCUGGGCCUGCUGCGGCUCUACCAGGACGUGCUGACCUGCAUGGACUUCAUCCACAUGGCGCAGUUCCUCACGCGGCUGCCGGACCUCCUCCCGGCCGAGCAGCUCUUCCAGCACAUCGCCGCCGUGCACAUGAGCAGCCGCAACCGCAAGUGGGCGCAGGUGCUGCAGGCGCUGACGGAGCAGAAGCGGUCGGGAGCGAGGCAGUCCGGCGCCGAGGCGUUGAGCUGAGGUCCGGUCGUCCCCCGACGGCGCCCGGCGCCGGCCACCAGCCAGCGGGGACGGAGGAAUCCGAGGCCUUACCGAACUCCCGACGUCCCCUCCUCUGCUCAGAGGCCCGGAAGAGAACCGGCAACUGUAGCUGGGAAAGGCCCAAGAAUGUAACCCACACCUCCCAUGUUCCCCGGCGGCUGACUCAGAGGAGUGGAAACCUCCCGAGACGGCGCUCUCUCUCCGCCGCCGCCGGCGCUCCUUUUCUUUUCCGUCCGCGUUUUACAGCUUUAAAUUUGCAAACCUUCAGAAAGUCGUCUGCUCAGAUCAUUCCUGUCUUGUUUUUUGCUUUUGCUGUCGUUCCUUCUGGUUUUCAGUGUGGUGUUUUUGUUCUCGCUUGAUUUGUCGAGUCAUUCCAUGAAGGCGCCGCGGAAAGGCACGUUCAGCGGUUCGCCAGAGAGAAGCAGAACGUGUGAACUGAGAGAGAAAACCAGAAAACCAGGUGUGUGUGUGACAUGUGUUUGAGGUCCGUUUGGUUUUCUCAGUAAAUGUUACUGGGCGAAUAUCGGAUGAUUAAGAGUCGGCCCGGUUGCUGUCGGGAUCGAGAAGAGGCUUUGUGGCGAGCGAGCUGCAGGUGUCGGACCACAUCCUGCUGCAAACGCUGAACUUCACUCACACCGCUCUGAGGCCUCGCCGCAGAAAGCCCCCGACAUCUGCCCCGGUAAACAUCACAAGAGACACGGGCACAACCUAUUUUAGGCGCUUGAACCCGAUUAAACUGUCAGUAGAUGACUUUAAAACCGAAGCUUUGAUAAUGAGAAUGUUUAGCCUGAUUUUCACCAGAGCGACGUGUUUCUCCGGUAACCACGUACGCCGACGACUCGCUUCUCUCUCCGUCUUAUGAACAUCAGUUCACUGAAAUGCUCCUUUUAGUUUUAUUUCCCAGAACUCCUUGGAGUUCUGGCUCCUGGUGUUGGUGAAGCUCUUAGUGCCUGCUGGAGGCCUCGCUCCCUGAAAACCUCAGCCCCUCCUUCCAGCCUGUCGCCCUUUCAGUCGUGGUGAAGUUCUGGCGGUUCGGACCAAAAGUUAGGCCCUCGGCCAGCGAUGCUGUAUUCAGCAGGAGUGGGCGGGGCCUAUAUUUACACGUUCGUCCUGUGAAUGGUCUGUGUUUGUGGAUGGUUUGUGUUCUUUGCACUGUGGUACCGAGCUCUGGCUGGUCCCCUCGUCUCGUCUCGUCUCGUCUCGUCUCGUUUCGUCUCGUGCUGCUGAUUCUGUGCGAGUCUGGUUGGAAGCCGUCCAGGUUCCUGUUUUGCGACGGCGCUCCGCGGACCCCAGCCGAAGUUUAGAAAACAGGAAGCAGCUCUCACCGCCAGCUCGCCUGUGCACUCUGCACCCCCCCUCACCCCCCCCCCCCCCUCCUCUUGUGGUCACCCACCACAGGACUGCAAUAAAGCGUUUUGCACAUACAUGUAGGCCUUUGAGUUGUGCCUCGCACCAUCGCGUCACGUCCUCCCCUCACGGUUUGAAACGGGUUUACACACCUCUCUGUUUUUGUUGUCGUCCCUCUUGGUUUUGUUUUGUUUUUCUGUUUGUGCCUAGUGUUGCUUUUCUUCUAGUUACUGCUGAAUUAUGUUUUAAUCGCUGGCCUUGGUAGAAAUCGGCCCCCGCAGCCCUGAAAACACUACCACUUCUGAUCGACGGUGGUUGGAAAAAAAAAAAAAAUGGAAGAAGAAAAGCAAACUAUUGAAGCUGAAUUUGGAGGUUAGAUGUAACCAUGGGGCGGACUCAGGCC